GUUUAAAGUAACUCGUAAGUUACGUCCCUUCUCACGAAAGGGUUUCUGGGAUACAUUUAUUCAGCCAAGUAGUAACAGCUUAGGUUACUAUCACAUGUUUUAACCCUUGAAGAUAAAUCUAAACACACUUAAGGGAUGCCUAAAAAUAAAGGAAAGGGAGGUAAAAACAGGAGAAGGGGUAAAAAUGAGAAUGAAAAUGAGAAAAGAGAGUUGAUCUUCAAAGAAGAGGGUCAGGAAUAUGCCCAAGUGACAAAAAUGUUAGGCAAUGGCAGACUUGAAGCAAUGUGUUUUGAUGGAGUCAAAAGGUUAUGUCACAUCAGAGGCAAGCUCAGGAAGAAGGUUUGGAUCAAUGGUGGUGACAUUAUCUUGCUGGGUCUCAGAGACUACCAGGACACUAAAGCUGAUGUGAUCUUAAAAUAUACAGCUGAUGAGGCUCGUAACUUGAAGGCAUACGGAGAAUUGCCAGACUCAGCUAAAAUCAAUGAGAACACCUUUGAGGAUGAAAUUGAUGAGAACAUCACUUUCGAUGGUUUUGAUGAUGAUGACGACGACGAUGACAUUGACGAGAUCUAGCAGUCAGUGUAUAGUUGUUUUAGAUAUUCUUUUGUCAGUCACUUCACCAUAGCGGAAUACAACUUGGCACAUCUUGCGCAAUUUUAAUAAGUAUUUUCUGUCAUCAUUCACAUGUUGUUUUUGUUUUAUGUUUGUACAUUUGUCUUUAACUGAAUGGUUCAAUUGACAGUUUUAAAACCAGAAAUUAACAAUUUUACAGAUAGGAAUUUUUAUACCUAAUUUAUUAUAGCAGAAAAAUAUUUAUUCUUAUGAAACUCAUUUUAAUUAAAAAGUUGUAUUGGAAUAUUUUUUCCAUCUAUGUUAGGCUAGGCAGAGAAUCAAAAUUAUCUGCGCAAAUUAAUUUAAAGAAACGGCCAUGUGACAAUUAUUUAUUAUGAAAAAAGUUUUUUAUCACAUAUACUCUCAUACAACUAGCUGUAGUAGUGUAUCUUUCUUCUUUACUACAUUUUCUCUACUCCUAAUGGAAGUUUUUCUAUGGGCAGUUGUUUAAUAAAAAUAUCCAGAAGUGGUCAGGGUUUUUAAAUUUCUAAAUAAACUUGUGAAUUAUUACCUUACAAUUUGUUACUUACUGUAGGCCUAUAGUAUAUCUAGCGAGGUAGAUCUUUGGUUGUUACAUGGGGCUGGUGUCCCUCAACUGAUGGCAUUGUAAUUGUACAAGAGAUGGAAUGAGCUUCUAAAAAUAGGGAAGUUGUAAUAAUACUUUUGACUGUUGAAAUAGAACAGCACAGAACUUGCAUUUUGAUAUUUUUAAUCAAUUUCUUGUUUAAAACUUAUUUUCUCUUUAUAUUUUGGGGUUGAUUAAAAACUGGCACUGUAAUAUUUUUGGGGUUUAUUAAAAACAUGUACAGAUGUAAAAACAAACCAAAACAAAGCUUUUGCUGCAACAAGAAAAUGGAUGUCUGGCUAUUAACCUGAAACACUUUAAAACAAAACUUUGUACAUAUGACAUGCAAGGUGUAUUUAAUAAAGUAUUAAAAUGUUC